GGAUCGUUUAAUAUGGAUAAUGACUCUAGAGUGUGGCUAUACUUACUGCUGCAUUAAUGUUAAGGGGUUAGAAUUGCAGGAAACAUCCUGCCACACUGCUGAAGCCCAGAGAGUUGAUGAAGUGUUUGAAAGUGCUUUCCAGCAAGAACACCCACAAGUGUGUUCCCUUAAUGAGCACCUGGAGAAUGUCCUGACGCCAUGAACGGUUUUGCCUGUGAGACUGUAUUCUGAUGCCAGGAAUUUCCUAAAUGGAAUAAUUGAUUUUCCUGAAAACUUGAAGGAAUUUAAAGAUAACCGUGUUAAGGUGCUUGAGUGGGUGCUAAUUCAGCACUGCUCCAAAAGGCCCAGCAUACAGGAGAAUACUCACAAAACUGAGAAUACAGGAGAAUCCUCACCAGUGGUCCUGCUGGCUUCAAACAGUCCACCAUGCCCCAAAUCCCUGGAAGACUUAGAUAGUUCAAAUUCAGACACUGUCCAUGAAAGUUGUGAUAGUAAUAUUUUUGAUAAUGAACCAGCUAUCAAAAACAGGAAGAAAAAAAAACUUAAGCUCAAAGUCUACCUUGUACAAAUUUGCCUAUUCCAGAGUGCAGAUAAGCAUUCUGCAGGCACUGGUACCAAAAAUGAUCUUUACAGGAUGGUCAUGUUGGGACUCACUGCUAUUGACAAAGGACAGCGAGAAGAUGGGGCAUAUAUUCCUUUUGUGGAGUUCAGUUGUUCCCCAUUUCGCUUGCUGAGUUUACCUGAAGAAUGGAGAUCUAACUGCACACCCCAUUCCAAAAUAAUGGAGAUGAGCCCCUUCUUUCCAGACGACUGUUAUCAGUUUGUUCUAAGGGAAUUGGAAUGUUUCCACUCAGAAGGAAGGUCGUGUGUACUAGAAGAAAUUGCAAAGGAUACAGCUUUAAAAGACUUCUAUAUCCACACGGUGAUGGCUUGUUACAUUGGCUUAUUUGGAAUAGACAAUGGCGUGCCUAGUCCUGGUCAGCUAGUAAGAGUAUACAAUGGUGGCUUGCCCUGGUCUGGCACCUUGAAUUGGCUCUCAGAAAAACCAGAGCUUUUCCACCUAGUUCGGAAAGCAUUCAGAUAACUUGUUUUGAUUAUAUACAAGUAUACACUGAAACUAAUGGUUGAUAAAGCAAGUUUGGGUUCAAUAGAAGGCUUUAAGGAACUGACCAACUGCCUCAGAGAGUAUGAGAGGGACUGGUACAUAGGCUUAGUGCUGGAAGAACAGUGGAAGGAAGUGAUUCUAGAAGAAAAGUUGUGUUUGUUCUGCCUGGGGUAUGAGUCUAGUAUGAUCAUUCUGCUGCCAGCCAUAGAACUUGCAAGGACCCACACAGGAAAGCAUAUCAAUAGUGGAAGCCGUGACAGCAACAAACUCCAUCUCAGCCCCAGGCAUAUUUCUGCCACACCAGAAACACUCCAACUGGUAAAACUAGAUCACAAAUAA